GGGGCGCUGCGAGGUUAAACCCCACUGGAACACCGAGGAAGAGAUUUGGACAUGCGAAAAAACGAAAGGAACGCUUCUAGAAUUGCCCAAGUAAAGUUGGCUAUUAUUAAUCCCUGAUGGAGUCCAGAGUAAGGUUGACUAUCUUUAACUCCUGAUGGAGUCCAGAGCGUUGUGUAUCGCGCCCCCCCCGCUCGGACACCUCAUCGCACUGGAGAGAUGGAGCGGCUCUGCUGUGGUGGAGAACCUACAGGGAGCAGGAGUGAAGGUGGUGUUUGAGAAGGAGAUGGGGGCGGUGGAUUUCUUGCUGCCCAACCGAAGCUGUGUCCUCUACGUCUCAGAGUGUGAUAUUAUAGCGGGGAACGCCUACAAACGGAAACUAGUCCGCUUUAGAAAUGCUAACAGCAGCAGUGUCCAGGAGGUUGUGGUGGUGGAGCGGAGCCGCCUCAGUGAGCAGUACUUCCCGUCCCUCCAGAGGUUUGUGGUGUUGGAGCUGGGCCUGACCCUGCUACCUGUGUCCGACCAGAGGGAGGCCGCCCAGCUCCUCUCCCAGAUGGUCCACAGCGCGGGGCGGGACAACCCGUUCAGGAGGAGGAGCGUAUCCCGGCUGUACGAGCCCCAGCUCCUCCUCCUCCUCCAGCAGAUCCCCGGCGUGGGAGGAGUCAAGGCCUCCUCUCUCCUCCGCUCCUUCUCCAGCCUCCAGGAGCUGUGUGGCGCCGGCCUGCCCCAGCUGGAGGCCCUGGUGGGGCACGCCGCGGCCCAGCAAAUCCACACCUUCCUCCAUGCAGACCUGGUCUGAGGGGGACUAGACCCCCCCACAGCCCAGGGAUCUGGUCUGAGGAGUACCAGGAGGGGGGGGACUAGACCCCCCCACAGCACAGGGACCUGGUCUGAGGGGGACUAGACCCCCCCCCCCCCCCCCCGCACAGCACAAGGCCCUACGGAAGACCAGGAGGGGGACCAGCAGGAGGACUAGACCCCCCCCACAGCACAGUGACCUGGUCUGAGGAGUACCAGGAGGGGGACUAGACCCCUUCCCGUGCAAUGUCCGGGUCUGAGGAGGACCAGGAGGGAGACUUGAACCCCCCACAGCACAAGGCCCUGGUCUGAGGAGGAGGAGGAGGAGGUCUGGUCCUAGAGGGGCAUUACUUUGUGAUUCUGGUUGAUUUGACCAUGAAGAGGAUCCAGAUGUUUCCAGAGGCCUCUCUAUCAGUCACAACUAUAAAUGUUUGGUUGUUUUGUCUGUCGUCUCAGUCGAGAUUUUAAUUAAAGAUUUAUAUUUGGGUGUA